CUUGGCACGAAAUUUAAAAGUUUAGAGAUUUGUUAGAGGAGAUUUGGUGUUGAAGGCGGAAUAUUUUACGUGAAUUUUAUCUAUUUGUUACAAAAAUUUUUCAUCAAAAUUUUGAAAUGGCGCUUGCUCGUUCCGUUGCAGUUUCUAAUUUAUUGAAUGCCAAAGACAAAAAAAAUGUUGGAAAGACUAUUCAUCGAGGAGCAUUGGGGAACAUUUCAAAUGCACCAGUCAGUAAGGCAACUGAAGGAAAACAGUUGUCCAAGCUCCCUCCUGUUAAGCAUGAAAAGUUUGAAAAGAUCGAAGAAGUUGAAAAUAAAGCUCCAAUUAUAGUUCAACCAACAGAAGAAAUAAAAGAAAUUAUCUUGGGACCCAUAAAUGAUAUCGACAAAGAGGAUGAGGAGAAUCCUCAGUUAAUGAGUGAGUACGUAAAAGACAUAUACUGCUAUAUGAGAAUUCUUGAAAGCAGAUAUAUAAUCAGGCCUGACUACUUGUCCCCACAAACGGAAGUAAAUGGCAAAAUGAGAGCCAUAUUAGUUGAUUGGCUUGUUCAGGUUCAUUUGCGAUUCCAUUUGCUACAAGAAACAUUGUUCUUGUCAGUCGCCAUUCUAGACAGAUAUCUACAGCAAAAUCAAGUGGCAAAGUCAAAAUUACAACUGGUUGGAGUUACUUCGAUGUGGAUCGCCUCCAAGUAUGAGGAAAUGUAUGCCCCAGAGGUGGCUGACUUUGUCUACAUCACAGACAAUGCAUACACAAAAUCAGAAUUGAGACAAAUGGAAUGUACGAUCAUGAAGUCACUUGACUUCCAACUCGGCAGACCACUCCCUAUUCAUUUCCUUCGCAGAUUCUCAAAAGCUGGAGAGGUUGAAGGUGAAACGCAUAACUUGGCGAAAUAUUUUAUGGAAAUGAUUCUUGUUGAAUAUGACAUGGUGCACUAUCCCCCGUCAAAAAUUGCCGCAGCUGCUCUGCUUCUCUCAAAACUGACAAUUGAAGGAACACCAUGGACAGCAUCACUGGUUCAUUACAGCACAUACACCGAAGCAGACCUUUUACCUCUUGUGUAUAAGCUUGCCAGUAUUGUCAUAAAAACCAAUUCUGCUACAAAAUUGGUGGCGGUCAAGAACAAAUAUGCCAGUAGCAAGUUUCUCCGCAUCAGUAAAUCAGAAAAGUUGAGCAGUCAGAUUGUUACUUCGUUGGCUGUUAAGAACGGUAAUCAUUCAUAAUUGACUGAUUAACCGUGUUGUAUUUGUACCUGUAUAUAUCAAGUCGUCUCUAAUGUACAUUUUUUGUGUAAUUAUCUUUGCAUUGAUAGCUGCUGACAGUUUUGUUCUGAAUAAGUUAUAUUUCAUUUAUUGAUGCCUUCUGAUUGAUCCAAUAACACUUAUUUAAUAACAGAUUAAUCAUCCCCAAGGAUUUAAUAUUUUGUAAUGGUUUUACGAAUUUUUUAAUCGCAUUUUUAACUAGCCUGAAACAAUUUUAUAGACAGACAGUUAAAUUAGUUCUAACUCUCAAGAUUUUUGAUAGUUUUAUUUUUUCUGAUAUAAUGCUUUUACAGGUAUACAUGUGUACAAAUAUGUAUGUGUCUAUAAAUAUGUGUCUGCAUAUGUCAUAAUGUGUAUGUAUUUAUACACACGAGUGUAUGUGUAUACAUGUACAUACUUUAUUAUAACAAUGUACUUUCUAGCAUUGCAUGCGUGUAUACAAACUAGGAUGGCACAUCAGCGCCAUGUUUAAUGAUGCAUGAUUUUAUCUGCUAGAUUAUUUAAGCAUUGUUUCUAUUAAAUUUUACUGUUUUAUACUGGUUCAUAGAAAUUAGUUGAAAUUUUCUGAUGAUGGCAAACAAACAUACAACAUUUGCUAUUAUAUUGAUGUGGUUUUGGUUGGUAUGUUAAUUUUAUUUAUGUUAAAUAAACAAUGCCUUAAACUAAUGUUAAUUAUCAGACUACUUUGUGACUACUAAAUAAAUCAGAGAGUGAUUGAGAUUCCAAUUCAAUUGAGAUCAAAUUUCUUUUGUCAUUUUUAAAUAUAUCAAGUAAGUAA